UUUGAGAAGACGGUAUGAAACUUCGCAUAAGAGGAGCAAGAGAGACUCAUUCUGACACUGUGUUAGUCACAUCACACAAAAGUGCCAGGCACAUGGGGCUACAGGGAAUGGCAGAGUAGACACGGCCGUCUCUAGGUCUCAGUCCAAAUUCUGCUGUUUGAUGGUGCCUAAGAGUUUUCUGUAUACCCUCAAAAGCCCCAAAUAGGAAUCCUGCAAUUAGUGCAUCUAACUCCUCCUUUACUGCAGUCUUCUCUCCUAUUGGUUAAAGGUCUUCGCAGCUCAUGUAGGGAUCCCACCCCUUUUGUGGGUUUUCAUUCUGAAGCUAUCCACAACUUUACACCUGAAUGAAUGCCAAACCUCCCUGAAUAUAUAAAGGAAAUCUUCAAGAGCAAUUGCAGAGUUACCCAGAAGAAGCAGAAGGAAAAGAUUUCAUCCAGCUCUGUCAGACACAGACUGAACCAGCCAUGCUUCUCCCUGCCAUUCACUUCUAUGGCUUUCUCCUGACUUUCAUCUUCACGAGAAGCUACUUGGCUUUCAAGAACGAUGCCACAGAGAUACUUUAUUCGCACGUUGUUAAACCCGCUGCAGCGAGCCCAAGCAGCAACAGCACGUUGAAUCAAGCCAGGAACGGAGGCAGGCACUACACCAGCACUGGAUCCGACCGUAACAAUCGUGUUCAAGUUGGUUGUCGGGAACUGAGAUCCACCAAGUACAUUUCUGAUGGCCAGUGCACCAGCAUUAACCCCCUGAAGGAACUGGUGUGUGCUGGUGAAUGCCUCCCUUUGCCACUGCUCCCCAACUGGAUUGGAGGAGGUUACGGAACCAAGUACUGGAGCAGGCGGAGCUCACAAGAGUGGAGAUGUGUCAACGACAAAACUCGUACUCAGAGGAUCCAGCUUCAGUGCCAGGAUGGAAGUAUAAGAACCUACAAAAUAACUGUGGUCACAGCCUGCAAGUGCAAGCGAUACACCAGGCAGCACAACGAGUCCAGCCACAACUUCGAGGGAACCUCUCAAGCAAAACCUAUCCAGCAUCACAAAGAGAGGAAAAGAGCCAGUAAAUCCAGCAAACAUAGUACAAGUUAGAAGUCAAACAUUCUCUCCUCUCUCAUCUCCCUCUCCUCGUGCCAAAACUGAACUCACCUGUAACCAUUUGCUUUACCCUUCUGACUGCUUAAAGACAAGUCUGCCAUUGCUGUGUUCUCAGUUGACACUACUUGCUUUGACCAAAAUCAAAAGGGGCAUUCUCAGCAUAUGGACAUUUUGGGUGAUUUUCCAGAUGCUCAAGAUGGGGAAUAACACAAGCCUUCCAAGCCCAUAUUGUAAACUUUUACAUUUUCUCCACCCAUGGAGACAAAGAAAAUUUGCCAUGAGUCUUCACUGAAGUCUAUUUUGUAAAAAGAUGCUUUGUCGUGUCUUUUCCUGAGAACAGUUAUCACAUCUAUUGCCUUCUAUAUCAUGUUUUAUGAACUUCUGACAACACCUUGUAUCUGCUUUCAGAUUCAUUCUAAAAAGAUGCUUUGCAUGCUCACCUUUCUCUUAUCUCAGUAUACCAAAAAUUAAAAUAUGCAUGGCAGCAAUCAAAAAGUAAAGCUGAAUAAACUAUUUAUUUGUUGUUGUAAUUAUUUAAUGAGCUUUUAUGUGUGUUAUUUCCCUUCAAAAUUUCCUUAUGUUUAUAGCUUUUCAUAUGUAUCAAAGUAUUUUCCUAUGAUUUGUGUCUGGAUUAGAACAUAAUUUUGUAGAUAAUGUAAAAUAGACAUUUUAGCAUUCUUGGUAUAUAUAUUUUAAUUUUGAACAUUCAUAGACAUAGGUGUUAUUUCAAAGUAACAACAUAAAACCUGUAUUUUUCAUUCUCCACCCUGUAUUAUUUUUGUUUAAAAAGUGUUCAAUCAAAAGACAGAUAUAACUUCCUUUCAAAUUUAUUGGUUUCUUUUGUUUUUUUAGAAAAAUAAACACUGCUAAAAACCUG